UAUAUUGUCUUUCGUGUAAUUUUGUAAUGAUAAUGAUUAAUGAAGUGCGAACUGCUCACUGUCCUUCCAUUCCACAGGAUCUGUCCGAAUUUCAGGAGCCCUACGAAGAUUCUGCAUUCGUUUUCUCUUCCAAAGGUCUUUUAAUAUUGGUCCUCCCUUUCUAAGUUGUCUACAUGGCCAGCAACGGUACAAGGGAGCCCUUGUUGCCCCAAUCUCCUGAUCCAUCCGCUCCAAAUACCAAUGGCCAGCUUAGCAGGAGAAGGCAUGUCCGUUGUAGAAGUGCUCCUCUUGCGAAUCUUGACCCUCUUGAGAAGAUCGGCGCUGGUUCAAUUCAACUUUCCAACUCCGUAUUUGGGAAGUUACAUCCAAGUUUUCAAGAGGUGGCUAUAUAUCUUGCAGGGUAUCUAGGUAUUGGAGCUGUGAUCUUCUAUCUUGUCAGGCAGCAGAUCACAGGAAAGAAAACGGAGGGGUUUCUUGAUGCUUUAUACUUUACAAUUGUCACAAUGACCACAGUUGGAUAUGGAGACCUUGUGCCAAAUAGUGACCUCACAAAACUACUUGCCUGUGCUUUUGUCUUCACAGGAAUGGCACUAGUUGGUUUGAUCUUAAGCAGAGCAGCGGACUAUUUGGUUGAGAAGCAGGAAGUUUUGCUAAUCAAAGCUCUGCAUAGGCACAAUAAAGUUGGUCCAACUCAAAUUCUAAAGGAGGUUGAGGUCAAUAAGACGAGAUAUAAAUUUUUUGUGGUAUUUUUCCUACUUUUGGUGCUCAUUGUUACGGGGACAAUUUUCUUAGUUUCUGUUGAGAAGUUGGAUGUUAUCGAUGCCUUUUAUUGUGUUUGUUCUACAAUAACAACCCUGGGUUACGGUGAUAAAAGCUUCUCAACUGAAGGAGGAAGAGUCUUUGCUGUGUUUUGGAUAUUGACAGGUCCUAUUUGUUUAGGUCAGCUCUUCCUUUACAUAGCUGAGCUGACCACUGAAAAAAGACAAAAGGAUAUCACUAAGAUGGUUCUUACACGGAGGACAACCAAAGCGGAUUUGGAGGCAGCUGAUCUUGAUGAUGAUGGAACUGUUGGGGUUGCUGAGUUCGUUAUCUAUAAACUGAGAGAGAUGGGGAAGAUAAGUGAAGAAGAUAUCUCACUCGUAAUGCAGGAGUUUGAGGAGCUUGAUGUUGAUCAAUCUGGUACUCUCUCGCUUUCUGAUAUAACUCUUGCUCAGGCACCUCAUCCAUCUUAGAUAGUCAUGAUUAGAGUAUGACACAACAAAAUGAAUUUAAUCAUUUACAAUUUUACAUGCUGCUUGUAAAUUAGUUGUGUCACCUUGUAUGUGCUUACAACUUCAUCCAAUUCAUCUUCAUCGGGAAAGUUUAGUGAAUCAGCAUUACGAUUUGAUGAGAGA